UCGUUGAGUUAASCGCGGGAGAGGGUUAUGCUGCGCACAUGGGUGAGAAUGCACGCGUCAACUACCAGUUGUUUCUUCGCUUCUCUCUCCACUUCUUCCUCUUCGAAGCAACGAAACCGUGUAAGCAUGCCUAGCUCAGUUCGAAUCGCAGUGGUUGGAGAUGUUCAUGAUGAUUGGAACCUACAAGAAGAUGAAAGAGCACUUCAGUUUUUGCAGCCAGAUUUGGUACUAUUUACAGGCAGGUGUCAUCCACUGCAUGCCAUUUAUCAACCUGAUAUACCAUGAGGACUGUCAUUUGGUUCAGUGACUUCGGUAAUGAGAAUGUUGAACUUGUAAGAAGUAUUGCAGAUCUUAAGAUUGCAAAAGCAGUUAUUUUGGGAAAUCAUGAUUCUUGGAAUACCCAACAGUUUUCCAAAAAGGGGAAAGAUCAUGUCCAACUUCAGCUGGAAUGUCUUGGUGAAGAGCAUGUAGGUUAUAGUCGUUUGGACUUUCCUAUGUUAAAGAUGAGUGUUGUUGGUGGACGCCCAUUUUCUUGUGGAGGUGAAAGUUUGUUUCGGAAAAGGCUUUUGUCAGCAAGAUAUGGAGUUGAUGACAUGGAUGGGAGUGCAAAGAAGAUCUAUAAAGCUGCCUUAGGGACACCAGAGGGUCUUUCCAUUGUAUUUCUUGCACACAAUGGACCCAUAGGGCUAGGAUCCGAUAUCAAUGAUAUCUGUGGGAAAGACUGGGUGUUCGGUGGUGGUGAUCAUGGUGAUCCUGAUCUCGCUAGAGCUAUAUCCCUCCUGAAAGAAACCACCCAAUUCUCUAUCCCUUUGGUUGUGUUUGGACACAUGCAUAAAGAGCUUGCAUAUGGAAAUGGUCUUAGGAAGAUGCUCGUGGUGGGUGCUGACAACACUAUUUACCUCAAUGGAGCCAUUGUGCCAAGGGUGAGAAGCUUUAUGAAAGAGGAAACCUCAACAUAUGCACCUGUGUCCACCGGCACAGUGCGAGCCUUCACUCUAGUUGAGAUUUUAGAUGGAAAACUAGUAAGAAUUGCAGAGACCUGGGUUUCAGUUAUUGGAGAUAAAAUGGCAAUAGAGGAGGAGCAUAUACUAUACAGGAGUAGUACUGAGUGGACAUCUUGAUGGGACCCCUAAUUUUGUCUCAACUCUGAACGUUAGCCUUCUUGAAUUCCUCUCUCAAAUCCUUCAGUGUAAAUUGCUUUUGAACGGUUGAACCGCAAAUGCCCACUCUAAGAAGGAUAUUGGUCUAUUUAAUAAGCUGACUCGUGUACAAUAUUGUUUCAGACAUUUUUUUCCCAGACCCUUCAUGGGUAUGUAUCAUACGAAGAAUGAACAUAUGUAGCCACGCUUACACAAGAAAGAGCGAGUUUUAUUGCUUCUGCUGCCUA